AUGGGCAAUUCAACUUCUCAAGACGGAACCUCGACAACCAACACGAAUGGAGAAAAUGUGAUUAAUUUUGAUUUAUUUGGUGGUAGUACCGAUGAUCAAGUAGUAGUUGUAACGAGAGAUUUCUCGCUCGAUCUCGUAGAUUAUAUAAAUUAUGAUGAUCAAUAUAUGGAGAAAAAGUAUCCGGGAUUUAAAGAACAACAAGCCCAUUUUGAUGCUCUAUUGGAUAGUUUUACGAGGUGUAAUUUGGAUGUGGAAACAUAUUUUCAUGAUUUAAAGGUGCCUGCUGAAUAUAGUCAAGGUUUUAUUGAAAUUUGUCCAAUGAAUGAUUAUACAAAGUUUAGGACUGGAAAGGUUUGUUUAUUGGUUGUGGAUGUGGUGUUGGAUUAUUUCUAA